GCAUUAAAUUCGCCAAAGUGGUACAAUGAAUUGAACUUGCAUACGACAAAGGCGAAAUCAAAGAUUUCAAAAGCUUUCUUUCUCGAAGCAUUUAGUAAAGAUUCAUACGAGUUGUCUCCCACUAAACAAAGCAAGGAAUUUUUUCAGCAACGGUACACAGGCCAUAACGAUGAUGACUUCUACGAUUAUAAAAACACCCAGAAGACCUCGUGCAUAUUUAAUAUUGAAGGAGCAGAUGGACGUACUAUGGUUACAGUUAGUAAGAAGAAAGAAAAUUUACUCACUUUUCCAUCAAAUCUUCAAAGCCAAGAGAAUAAAAGUACUAAGGGGUUUUAUUCCGUCUUUAAAGUGUUGCGCCGUUCAAACCGUUUAGUUUUAAUUGCAGUAACAAUGGCUUUACUAAUAGAGAAUAUGUUAUUGACAACAGUUGUUCCUGUUGUACCUGGUUACUUGUACGAUAUACGUCAUCCGGAUGCGCCUUUUGGAAGUUUACCAACCUCUUUAAUGUCAUACAAAGGCUCGUCCUAUUCUUUGCAAAGUGGGGAUGAUGACGGCAACUAUUCACUGCCCUCAAGUGAGAUAUCGACACUUCAUCCAGACGGAAAUAAAACAUCUCCUUUCGAAAUGGAAAACCGGCAUAACGAACUGGUUGACGAGACGAUGGAAAUGGGAUAUUUGUUGGCCUCAAAAGCGUUUGUGCAAUUUUUGGCUAAUCCAAUUGUAGGCCCACUAACGCAAAGAAUUGGGUCCAACAUACCGAUGUUUUUUGGUUACUUUAUUCUCUUCACCUCUAGUCUAAUGUUUGCUUUUGGCCGCACUUAUUGGAUACUAUUCGUGGCUCGGGCUAUACAGGGCAUAGGUUCAUCUUGCUGUUCAGUUUGUGGUAUGGCUAUGUUGGCUGCUAGUUACACUGAUGAGAGGGAACGUGGAAAUGCUAUGGCAAUCGCUUUAGGUGGUUUAGCUUUGGGUGUUUUAAUUGGACCAUCAUUCGGUGGUGUAAUGUAUGAAUUUUUGGGAAAAUCAGCACCAUUUCUAAUAUUAUCCGUAUUAACCUUCAUUGUUGCGAUAUUUCACUUUUCCAUACUACAACCGAAAGUCCAGAAAUCAAAGCAAGAGCCUCCCACUUUGAAAGCUCUAAUAACAGAUCCCUACAUUAUAGUUACAGUCAUUGCUCUUAUGAUUGCUAACAUGGGUGUGGCUGUAAUGGAGCCAUCGUUACCGUUGUGGAUGGUAGACACUUUCGGUUCCAGCCGUUGGGAACAGGGUGUAGUUUUUUUUCCAACUUGCCUCGCUUAUAUCAUUGGUACUCACGUUUUUGGGCGAUUAGCUUAUAAGAUCGGCAGAUGGCUAGCUGCACUUCUAGGUUUAAUUGUUAUUGGAGUUUCUUUGAUGACGACGCCAAUAGCUACCUCUAUUGUACUUCUAAUUGCUCCAAAUGCAGGUGUCGGCAUCGGCUUUGCUAUGGUUGAGUCCUCAAUGAUGCCUCAGCUGAGCUAUCUGGCCGACAUACGGCACACGGCCGUUUAUGGCGGCGUUUAUGCUAUCGGCGAUAUGGCAUUUUGUAUCGCCUUUAUUGUAGGUCCAAUUUUGAGUGGUAGUUUAAUAAAAGCUGUUGGUUUUACGUGGACGUUGCGGGGGGUUGCGAUUAUUUGCUUCCUGUACGCGCCUUUCCUAACGUUACUUAAGAAUCCGCCAAGGAGAGAACAAAAGAAAGCUGUUGUCCAAGUUGCUGCUACAAGCAAAACAACAAUUUCGGUUGAUCAUCCACCAAUUCCAAUAAUCAAAGAUAUUACUAAUGUUGCCUAGGGAAGUUAACCCUUUUUUUUUAAUUGUUUUUCCUUUUUAAUUUUAAUGUAUAACUUUUAUAACCUAUAGGUUUUAUAGAUUUUAACGUUUAUCUUAAAUUAUUCCACUCGUGUACUUUCUAUUUAUGCGUACAAACUAUUCGCUGUUGCUUGAUCUUACUUGACUCUAAGA